GCCACGCACGCUUCAUUCAGCCUCGGCUGCGGUCCUGCGGUGGAGGUGCUCUCGCGUCUAGGAGUACAACGACUUCUGAGGAAUAUGGCAGAGGAGAUCGUUGUAUUUCGCGAACAGAAUUGGGAAAAGAAAGAGGUUUUGAAGAUGUGAAAAAGAGUUUGAUCGGGUUGAACCACACAAGGAAACAAUGAAACGUUGAACUGAUUAUUAUUAUCGAAACAUUUGCAGGAUACAAGUGUUGUCUGAAAAGUCUCCACGCUUAUAACUAAUCAUGUUACACCAAAGCAGACUGAUGGUGAACAAGGAAUAUAAGUAAAAAAGUAACAUUAAAUAGCGACCUAGAAAAACAAGUGUGUGCCAACAGAACGAAGACAACUUACCUGUCACUUCACAAGUAAGAGAAAUUCAUGUUGUGAUUUACUGAUAUUUUAACGGAGAUCGACAAGAAAUAAUUUACAGGGAACUUCAACAGAGCAGUAGGAUCAAGAGAACGACAUUAUCUUUAGACAGACUUCUCCAAGAAACACCAGACCAAGAUGACUUCAGUCUGGAACCGCCGUAUGAAGUUAAUCCUAACUGUAGGCCUACUGAGCUUCGUGCUGUUGGCCGCCCUGAUCACCGGCCACACAUCGAUGUUGGAGCCACAGUUCAAGAAAGCCGAUGAAGCUAUUGGAGAGGAAGCUAUUUUGCACUCCAGAGAUCUCCUGAAGAAGGUGACAGACAUAGAAGAGGACAAACAAGAAUCGAAACAGCUUAUGAAUCUUCUGUUUUGCCGCGUCAUGAAUGUGCUGCCAUCUGGCGGCUUCUGCCUCGACUCCUUGAGGCUCUUCACUGGCGGAAAUGAAUACUGGGACGGGAAGCUGUGCAAGUCGCUGGAGGAGCUGUUCGGGUACUCGACCGUGGCCGACUUCGGCGCCGGCCUGGGCCACUACGGCCGCUGCUUCCUCCGGCGCCACGACAACCUCAUCCAGCACGAGAACCGCGUCGAGCAGCUCAGGAUGAAGACGAGCUACAAGUCGGAGAUGCUGAAGGCCGGGCUCCUGGACGCGCCGCAGGUCAUUAAAUCGUGGAAUGGUUGGGACGGCGCGGCGAACAUCGGCGUCCUGAGCAAGGGCAUGAUCGAGCCGCUCAACCUGGCGGACCCCGUCGACCUCGGAAGGCGCUUCGACUGGGUCAUGAGCAUCGAGGUGGGCGAGCACAUUUCUGCCAAAUCCGAGGAGGUCUUCUUGGAUAACCUCGUCAAACAUGCUUGCAAAGGCGUGGUGUUGUCGUGGGCGGUGCCAGGUCAGGGAGGACACAACCACGUGAACACGAGGCCGAACGAUUACCUCAAAUCCAAGAUGGCGGACAGAGGCUUGGUGGCCGACGACGAGGCAGAGAAACGCAUUCGAGGAGCUGUGGAUACCGAGUGGUUUAAGAACACUCUCAUGGUUUUCCGAUUCCCAGAAGAGAGAUGUUGAGGACUGAUGGCCAUGGUUGAAUUUCUGGCGAUAUAUGGAAUGGUUUCUUGAAUUUAUUUUAAAGAAAACGUUUAUGCCAUCUAUUUUGUAUAUAAUAUUUGCUGCUGUAAUAUUGUGUGACUAAUAUGUGCUUUCAUUUGGGCUGUGGGUAUGAAUGUGUGUAUAUAUACGUUUAUAUAUACACACACACACACACACACACA